UUUGUAAAAAAUGUUUUUGCAAGUAACUUAAAGUUUUUUAAACAUUUAUAUUUUGUUGGCAACAACAAUUAUUCUAUGCACACAGAAAAUUGUUCAAUUGGAUGUUUUUGCUCUAAAUCCCGGUUGAUGGGCUAGUACGUGCACAAAAGUCCCAAGAGGCCAGAUGUAAUUGUGAGGAACAGAUAGCAUCUUCACCUUCCUCCUCUCCUCCAUCCUGCGAGCAGCCGCCCGGACAGAGAACGCAACAGGUCUAAUCUUGGAUAGUCUCAAACAAGCUUUUUUGACAUAGAAUUCAAAUUACUGUUGCUGAAAUUAAUUUAUUCAUCUUUAAAUUAUUAUUUUGACAAAAAGUAGAGCAACUGUAAGAAAAGAUGAUUAGAACAGCAAUGGAACACGUAAAGAGGCAUCCAGGGCUCAUCCCCCAGUUAUUCUUCAUCUUGUUGGGAAUGGGAGGAGCCUCGUUGUAUUUGGUCCGUCUUGCAAAGGGGCCCCAUGUCACCUGGAACAAGAAGAACAACCCUGAGCCCUGGAAUCAGCUUGACCCUACCUACCAGUACAAGUUUGUGGCCAUCGAUACUGACUACAAGAACCUGAAGAAGGAGGGACCUCAAUUCUGAGUAUCUUCCCUCUAUCCUAAUGGCACCAAGUCCAGCCCGAAGAACGUCACUGAAGAAUUAAAAUCUGUGAAGUAUUCUUCUCUCAAUGCUUCUAUAAGAAUAUUUGGAGAUUGAUCCAUAAUGUUGAUGAUCAAAUCUAAAUUUGUCUGUUUGUUUUAUCUUCAUUGUUAGUUUGACAGCCACUAAAUUUAGCAAUGAAUGUGCGCAUUGUGAAAAGAGGCAAGAGUGUGCAUAGAUUUGUUCACCAAAUUACAGUGAACAAAAAUAUACAAAUGCAACAUGCAACAAUUUCAAAAAUGUUACUGAGUUACAGAUCAUAUAAGGAAAUCAGUCAAUUGAAACAAACUAACCUGGCCUUUUGGAUUCUAGCUUGAAAUGUACUUAUUCAUGUUACCAUACCAGAACUUAGUGAUUACUUUACAUGAUGGGUUGGGAAGGUUACUUUCUAAAUGUAAUCCGUUACAGUUACUAAUUACUUGUCCAAAAUUGUAAUCAGUAACAUAACUUUUGGAUUACUAUUAGAUUACUUUCCCCUUAAGAGGCAUUAGAAGAAGACAAAAUGUAUGUUACCAAUUGAACAACAUCUUAUUGCAGGAUAAAUCCAUGUUGAAGUUUACAUAGCUGGCCAUAUAUGGAUGUUAAAUUUUACUUUAUGGGUUGGUUACGUAGGAUUCUUCUAACCCAUCGCUUUCUACUACAUAUAAUAAUACAAUUAAAUGAUAUCUUUACAUUUAAAAUUAAAAAUAUUGUAAAGUGGCUGUUCCACUGGAUGUCAUAAGGUGAAUGCACCAAUUUGUAAGUCGCUCUGGAUAAGAGCGUCUGCUAAAUGACUUAAAUGUAAAUGUUAAAUGUUAAAAAUCAAAGUCUAUCAGAAUUCCAGACAUUCCAAUAAAUGUUAUACCCCUUGAUCUUCAAGAAUAGGACUUGGAAAUAUGGAAGAAUAGAUUAGCUAAAUAGUUUUACCUGAGUGUAACCCCAAAACUAAGGACUUAUUAGCCAGCCCUACACUGUUGUUUAUGAUUUUGUUGUCAUGGAGGACUGAUUGGACUCAUUAAUAAAUGCUGCUCUCAUGGAAUGGCAUGCUUUGAGCACCACUAAAAAGUG